AAAAAUUACAUUAUUUGCGAGAACCGCUAUUGAUUUAGACUUGAACAAGGAAGUGAUUAUCCUUCCGCCACUUCCAGGAACCGAAAGCGAAACACAUAUCUAUAAGCACCGUUGUUAUGACUAUUUCAAGAAAAUCAUUCUCGAGAGCAAGAAACAUAAGCGUUUCUGCAUCACCGGGAAUCCAGGAACGGGGAAGACAUUUUUCGGACGUUAUAUUAUGAGUGUUUUGUUAAAGGAAGGUUCCGAACUGUUGGUAGACGAUGCCAGUUACCCGCACCUAUAUCUCAUUACUCGUGAUGAGAUGAAUGAUUUUGAUGUGGAAUGGGUACAAAAUGUAGACUAUGGCAGAGUUGCAGGAAGAGACAAUGUGUGGUGUAUAAUCGACGGCAAACCACCCAGGGUAAAUCACGAUUUUGAUACCGGAAAACUUAUUAUGGUAUCAUCACCAAAGGACUUAAACAUAAAAAAUUUUUGCAAACCAGUUAAUAUUACAAUCAAAGUAUACAUGCAAAUUUGGUCAGAGGACGAAUUAGAAGAAUGUCGAUCAUUAAUCUAUCCAGAAUUUUCAAAGGACAAUCUUCAUGAAUCUUACCAAUUAUGUGGUGGUAUUCCAAGAAUGAUCUUCAAAUACACAUUAGAUGAGAUUGACGAUAUGAUUACGGCCUCUGUUGACAAUAUCGACACCAGAUUAUUUAGAUAUAUUAGCACAGUCAGUGAAGGCGAUGUUUAUAGUCAUAACUUAGUGCAUAUUCAUACUAAUGAGAAGCAGAUAAAUGUCAUCAUCAAUGAACGCACCUUUUUCAAACUUCCCUAUACUUCAUGUGAGCUAAAGUUUGCAUCAACAAUUGUUGGUAAUAAAGUUUUUGCAAGACUAAAGGAAUUCUACAAAGAAGAAACGUACAAGUUUGUCUUUGCAUCAGCUUCUGUGUCAUUAUUAGGUUCUGUACGUGGAUAUAUGUUUGAAAUUAUUGCACAUAAUGAACUCAGUGCUGGUAAAACAUUUUUGACACGCUCACUAGAAAAACAUAAAAAAUCAUCCCGCGGGAAAGAACUAGAACUAAAACUUCCUCGGCUUACAACAAAAAAUUGCUACACAGUAGAUGAUAUUGAAGAUGGCAAAUACUGUAAACCGGUAGCAAAGAAUUUCGAAACUAUCGAUGCCAUUUAUAUUGGAAAAGAUUAUGACUUCACAUUUCAGAUGACGGUGGGAAGAACACACGAUAUUAAACAACAUGGAUAUGAAUUACUACAUGAAAGGCUAGGUGGUGAGUCAGCAGAUCAUACUAUCCGACACUAUUUUGUUGUUCCAAAAGAUACAUUUAAAAAUUUUCAAAAACAACCGUUCACAGUGAAGAAGGAAGAAAGAGGUCAACCAAAAAAUGUAGUGAAUGUCAAACAAUGGAUCACAAAAAGAAUAGAGCAGUACGUAUUACUUUUAGAUGUUGCAAUGGAAAUUUGUGAAUUGGGUGGAAAUAUUAAGAAGUUUACAGUUCAAGGGUUUUAUGAGAGAAAUAUCAAGAAUAAGGAUAUUUUAAAUAAUAUUGGUUUAUGGUUUGAUAGUAAACUUAAUAUAGAUAAUAAUGUUGAGUAA